UGCCUCCGCCGCAGCUCAGCAGAGAACCGAGCAGUCAUCACCUCCAGCGGACAGCUGCUGUGGGCUGAGGACCCGGAGGAGAGCCGGACGCCUGCUCUAAACAACACAACAGCGCCUGCCUGGACACCGCUGACCGUCUCCGAGCUGCUGUACUCGUCCUGUCCUCGGUAUUUGCUUGUUUCUUCGGAUCACUCCCUCCUGAGCAUCAGGGGAUGGAGGGAUGAUCAAUACCGACUCCCCCCCCCGCCGUCACCUCCUCCUCCCCCUGCUCUUCUCCUGCUUCCUCCUGCUGCUCCUCCGCUCGGUCUUCGUGUCUCCCGUCAGCCGUUGCAGCUCUGCCCAGGAUGCGGGCUUCGCUGCGGGACCAGGCUGUGGUGUUUGCGGCCCUGAUGGCGCUGACCACCUGCCUGCCAGGCUCUCAUAUGUGCCCACGGAGUUUAGACUGUGCCCGGGCCGGACGACACUUCUGUCAGCUUGGCAGCUCUUCCUGUGGCCCCUGCCUACACCCUCUGGUGGAGAACUCGUUUGGUCGCUGUGUGGUCAAGAGGAGACAUGCUCCUCACACUGCUCCAUCCAUUAAAGGUAAGGUUGGCACUUAUCCUCAGCUUGAUGAAGAGAUUGACUUUCUGUCUGCCAUCAUCAGUGAGCAGAGGACUUCAUCAAGGCUGCCAGCUCCACCCUCUCAGGAUGUCACAUCCAAGCAGCUCAACGACCCCAGCUCUAGCCUCAGAGCACCUCUCACAAAGCAGCCCACCAACCAGAGCUUCCUGUUUACCAGCACAGCUCCAGCCACCACCACCGCAAACCACACCCCUGCUCUACUGAGUGAUCCCAUGAUCCUCCCCUACCCCUCUAAUGACCAUGUCUUCAUCAUCAUGAGUAGCGUCUUCAUUGUGGCUGGUUCUCUGGCAUUGAUCAUAGCAGCAGCCUGUUGGGUCAGAUUGCAGAAAGGUGCGCGUCUAACUCAGAAGUUGAACUUUCCUGCAUAUGGACUGAUGUCAGCCCAUACCUUUGACAAUUUGCCUGGCGACAAGAAGCUGGCCCACAGUGCACAGAUGUACCACUACCAGCACCAGAAGCAGCAGAUGCUCUCCUUUGAUAAACACAGGGACGAGCCAAAAGUUCCUGACUCAGGAGCGUCGACAGACGAGGAGAAUGAAGACGGAGAUUUCACAGUGUAUGAGUGUCCUGGACUGGCACCAACAGGGGAAAUGGAGGUGAAGAACCCACUGUUUGACGACUCCACCCUUUACAUGCAGCGAUUCCACAAGUAAACUUGGACCUUAAGAUGUUUUCAAACUCUGCUGUGUUCUGUCUAGCCCUUUACUCGACAGGAUGGAGUGACUAAAAUACAGGGAGGAGACAGAGAUUUAGGAGUGCGGCACUCUCUGACAUUCAAAGGACGUGACUGUACUGUUUUUUUGUUUGGAGUAGGACUGAUCUGGGACCAUUGUCACCCAUCCUACAACCAUGUUAUGUCAUGUUUUAUGUCAUCUCUCUUUUUUGCUGAUUUUGUUCAGAGCAAACAACUUCUUCUGGUCAGGUAACAGACAGACAUUAAAUAUAUUAUCUUGUGCAGAGCCCAGUACACAGACCAUUUUCUGAUGCUAUCAAACUGCAUUUAAGUAUUUCUGUCUGUUCAUUCAUAACUUUUCAUGGAUUUAUUUAUUAAUCAGUAUGUGCUCAUUUACUUGUAGAGUUAUCACUGCAGCCUUUGUUUUUAUUUCCUUCUUUUUGAAACAAGUCUAUGUAAACUCUUGUUCAUGACGGUGUAUAUAUUUAUAUAGAAAAAUGAUCUUUUGGGUUCUGUAGUUUGUGGGGUGGGGACCUCUGUGGAUCAGGUUUAUGCCUGAUCAGGUGGAAAACUGUUGAGUUUGGAGGCUGGUCAACAAACCUUUUUCUUUAAAUCUAUUCCUCAAGCUGUUCCUGUUUUUACUGUGUGAAAUGGCACACAGCAUAGUGGAGACUGCUACUGUCUCCCCCAUAUACUGUACAUGGGGAAGACACUGUACACAGUAAGUGCCAUUGUAAUAGGGGAAGGUGUCUGUCAACAGCAGUGUUUAGGUGGACAUUCAGAUAAACGGUAGGACCCAGGGUUUCCCAGCAGAGCACUGCAUUGUAACAAGAUGAUGUCAUGUUGUCGUUUGUCCUAUCAUAUUACAAUUUGGCAUUUCCUGAUCAGGUUUAUUUGCCCCGGAUCCAAUCCGAGUCAUUUAAUAUUGAGUAUCUGCCAGUACUGAGUCCCAGUCUAAUACCAUUUUCCUAGAUGAUACAGUUGCACAGCACACACAUUAAGAGUUAAAGUUAUUGAAAACAAUCUGAUGUAUAUGCUUGACAAUUGAAUAGCCUUCCAGUGCAUUAAGAAAAACAAUGCCUUCAUCCAAGCUGUUCCUAAAUGUUACUUUUAUUUUACAAAUAACACAUUUUAUCAAAAUAAAAUAUGUCUCAGUAGCUCUUAUCACAAUUAUAUAUAGCGCUGCAUUAUCGUAGGAAAACUAGAACACUUAAAAUGACUAAUACAAUCCCAUUUUCAAUUUAGCUUGGUGUACUACAUUAAAGUUAACAUUCAAACUAAAAAAUAAAAGAAAUUUCCAUUUCAGUCAAAAUGGUAAAGCCAAUAGGGUCAGAUCGUAGAAAACGUGACAUUUAGUCAAGAGCCUUGUUGUAAAGUUCAGGUACUGCAUAAAAAAUCAGUGAUUUGAUUUGAAGAAGAAGCAAACAGAGGCAAAUGAUGGCUUCUCAAACAGAAAGCUCCAUAGAUGGGGAAAACCUCUUAUUCUCAACCACAACGAUGGAUUAGAAUUACAUUCUCUCCAAUCUUCGUGGCCUUGUUGCUAUCAUGAGGAAGUUUCUCUCCAUUUUUUGUUGUCUUGGUGGAGCCCCUUGCUUAGCUACCUGAGUAAACCUCCUGUUUUCUGGUCAGUGUUUACUUUUCAAGUGCCAUAUUGACGGUAGUAUUGAAUGCAGAUGUUACAAGCAGCUUAUUUACUGGUUUUGGUGUUCAGUUUUAAAAUAUGUCCACACUCACAAACUAGUAUUUGUGGGGUUCUCAGACAUGAAAAUGGCAGUGCUAGAGAGGUAGUCACGUCCAGGUUUUGAACAUAUAUUUGACCCGUUUUAUUUGUGGCCUGAUACAAAUAGCUUUGUAUAUUAAAAGGGAAGCAGAGAGAAUCCAUACCGUGUUGCGUAACAUGGCCUCCUAUUAGAACAGAACAGCCAAAAAAUUCUUCAUUGGGCAAAGAAAUGACAAAAGACAAAGGUCUGUGUAAAGCUGACUGUCAUGCUGAUGUUGAGGACAGCCAAUAAAGCAUAUUUAGACUUUUAAUUUGACACUCCCGACAUAUUCUCAUAAAAGAAAUUGGUAUUAUAGAGAUCAGACAAUUUCUACGGAAACAGUGUUUACAUAUAAUUAGGAAAUUUCAAAAUCUCAUUGACCUCAGUUGCAGUUCUAACGAAAGCCUGGGACCCUUUCAUGACUUGAAACUAAUAACUUAUUCAUACUAGGCACGGAAAACAUAGCAGCAGAAUUAGCAGUCAAUCUGAUGUUCCAUACCUCUGUGCCAAUGAGACAAACGGGAAACAUUUUGCCAAUGAAGAAGGAAACAAGUACAUUUUGAAAGAAUUUCAUGCUCAGUUUCACUGACACAGUUGCAGUGUUUUAACUGCACUGUUAUAUUUACUCUGCUAAGAAACACGGGGGAGUUAUGUGACGAUCGGCAUACGUUUGUCUGUCUGUGCACAACAUUACUCAGAAAUGAUAUAACGCAUUUAGAUGAAAUUUUCAGGGAAGGUCAGAAAUGACACAAGGACCACCUCGGUAGAUUUUGGCAAUGAUGCAGCUUAUAGUCUGGAUCCACAGAUUUGUUAAAGAUUUCUGUAUCAUUGUGAGAUAGCGGUACGGUGUCACUGUAACUGUUACAAGUGAACAGUACGUCAGCUGUCUGCUGACGAUCACGAUUGCGAUCAUACUACAAAUCCACCACUGCAGACUUAUCGUGACUUAUUUGUUGGACAUGAUACAAGAAACAUUUGAUUAAAUUGUAGGGGUGUUUCUGAGUCCCAUCAAUUCCCGCCGCUUGCUACAUAUUCCUUAUCCAUACAUAAUGUACACAUGCAUAACACGCCUGUGCUCAGCGCAAGGUCAUUUUGUUUGUGGGUACAUCACCAGUCAAAAGUUUGGACACACUUUCACAUGUUGCCAUGAUUUAUGAUCAUCAGUAACUAAUAAAAAAAAUGCUGCAUUUCUGAUAAUGCCAUAUGAGGGAAUGAGCAGCCUUGGCGGAGUACUGUGAUCUCUGAGUGCUUUUCUUGUAUUUUAAUUUUGCCAUAGCUAAUUACAAUCAGAUUCUAUUUUAGCCUAAAUAAAUGUGGACUAUACAUUAAACCAUAUGCACUGUAAUGUAAAUGUAUUGGGUACAUCCAGCUGAUUCUAAAGCAGUCGAAUCCAACCUACUGCUGUCUUUCUAGAUUUCAUUUCAGUGGUCUGCAAUGGCUGAAUAAAUAUAGCAAAUAGUUGAGACAAUUUUAAAAUGGAUGGAAUAGUCACUGUUAGACUUAUCUUUUACAGAAGCUGUUAUUGUCACCUGGCCAGUAUAGGCUGCAUAGGACUAGAUGUGCACAAGUACCUGUCUGUGUGGGUCAUAGUACCCCACUGCAUGGGUCAUACAAUUUCCUUAGCGCCCACCUGACUCUUCAGCUCACAUGGCAACGUGUGGCAGAGAGCCCUCGACAUAACUGUGGCCUCUUGCUGUCAUCUCUCAGGAAAGCUGCUCUCUGUAGCUCCUCUCUACAGCCUGCUCUCAUGUUUUAACCCUAUCAGCUUUCACACACACGAGUGUCUUUAUGUAAAAAUAAAUAUCUACAGCUGAUACCAGGGAAUAUUAACUCUUGAGUUCUUUAACUCUGUUGUAAAAACAGUUUUAUCCACAUCCUACUGAGCUUCUGGAACAACGUGAUGGAUAUUUUAUUGGUUGGGAGAAUGGGGCAUUAUCAGACAAGAUACAAUUCUAAUGCUGUUUUCCUUUUUUUUUUUUUU